UUUCAUUUUGCUCCGGCUUAUUAUUGUUACGCGAGCGCAAGGUGCCUGGAAAGAUUCUGCAUUGUAUUUUUAUAUUGUUAUCAAAGAAAUUACCAAAAAUGUUGGCUUUACGCAAUACACAAAAGCUAAGCCUACGUGCAUUCCUGCCGACUACCAAAAACGUGGGAAUUCUCAGCUACUCCAGUUCUUCCCAGUCAAAAAACGAUGACGGUUCGUCCUCCUCUGACGAUGAGAAACGAACAAAGAAGCAGCGAAAGCCUGAAGAGAAGACUACAGAAACAGCGGCGCAACGAUUGAAUCGCUUAUUGGGCACAAUGCAAACGCAAACGGAUCAGCUGACUAGCACGGAAUUUCCUCGUCCCGGAGAUGCGAAUCGCAGACGCCGGGAGGCAAUAAAACAAGAUACUGCAACAAAUAAUGUUAUUACAGCAGCUAAGAAUAUUGCCAGCAUGUUGGGCACAAACGAGAAUGAGAAAAAGCAAACAGAAUCCGAAUUGUUGGCGAAGCUGUUGGGACACAGUCCCGAAGGCGGAUCAGAUGUACCACAAGGCGACGACAAGAAUCCAUCAGCAGGAGCUGCCGGUGGAGAGAAAGAGCUGAACUUGAGCGAAUUGAUUGUGGGCAUGAAAAUCGAUCGUCGGCAACAACCACAGCAGCAGGAGCCCACCCGUGGCGAGUAUGUGCGUCGCACCUUGGCAUCGCGCUCUAGGUCCUCGGGCGGGGACUUCACUUCACGUCGCCCUCAGCGACAUGUUAAACGCGAGGCGGAGACCUUUUCGGGCAGUGUCAAUUUGUAUGGCGGCGAGCCUUUGGGAAUUUUCACUAAAGGCGAUGUCAAACUUCAGGAAUCGCCAGACAUCCUUUCAACAUGGUCUAUGCUAACCGAUCACGAACUGAAACUACAUGCAGCACAUCCACCGGCAAACUAUUUUGAGCAGAUGAUUCAAUGGACGAAUCAAGGAAAAGUUUGGCGUUUUCCCAUUGACAACGAACAAGAUAUGAAGGAGGAGGUAAACGUUGACUUCUCGGAGCAUAUAUUUCUGGAGCAGCAUUUGGAGGGCUGGUGCCCCAAUAAAGGGCCCAUUCGUCACUUCAUGGAGCUGGUGUGCGUGGGUCUCUCCAAGAAUCCCUAUGUGACAGCACAAGAGAAAAAGGAACACAUUCUCUGGUUCCGCGAUUACUUCCAGGCCAAAAAGGACAUUUUGAAAGAUCUGAUUAGCAAGGAGGGCAGCGAUAGUGUUAAGAAGAUAACAACUUAAUUUGGAUGGCGUGAAAUAUUUGUUAAAAAUAUAUAUUUAUAUUUUAUUUCGCUUUA